CCAGCAGUCAGCUUGUUCCGCUUGGACGCAAUGGGCGCUUUGUACAUCAGCAUCCUGAAAGAUGCCGAUUUCUGGCAAGGACCGGGAAUUUCCUCUUCAUGGGUGCCAGCACUGCCCUCAUCGCCCAGGGUGCGCUGGCCCGAGAUGCCACCUCCGCGGGGAGUAUUAUGCGCCUUCACCCCUUGCUCAUGGGCCUCGCCUUUUCGCUGAUGAUUAGCCUCGGCUUUUGGAUGUACAACUACGAGGACCUGCCAGGGGAGUGGAUCGACACCCGCGAGAGCCGGCGGAAGAUCCACGCCUUCUGUCAAGCCUGCGGGGCCGCGUUGGCGCUGGCUGGCUACGUGGUGAACUACCAGGCACACCAGGGCACCAACCAGGCCCUCUUUGCUGUGUCCAGCUUUUCUGAGGGGCCUGCGUGGCUCCGGCUGGGUCACAUUUUCAUAGGCUAUGCCUGCCUUGGCGGGCUCGCGGUGCAAGUGAUGGUGGGCAUUCUCAAGUAUCGCAUUCUUGUGGACGACAACGAUGGCAACGAUAGCGAGUGGUCUGUUCACGAGUACAUCGGAAACACAGUCUUUGCGCUGGCAAACUUGAACCUUCUAACGGGCCUUUGGCUUUGGAAGGAGUACUCCAUCGCAGUCCGCGUCAUCAUUUCCCUGACGCUGGUGACCAGUCUCGCCUUUGGCCCUCGCUGGGAUGGCACACGAGGCUUCCUCAGCAGUGAGGCGGAGCGACCAAGGAGGAAGAAGAAAGCUGGAGCAGGAGAGAUGGCCUUCCGAACCGUGCUGGGCCGGACCUGACAACGCCAAGAGCAGCGCUGGAGCUUGUGCAAGAGACCACGGU